GUCUUGAGGUAUACCAUGUCCUAUGAUAUCCCUGUGGAAAGUUUAGAUGGGGCACUGGUUUCCAAUGUAGACCUUGUUAUGCAGGGGAGUGGUAUCACCAUAGGCACAAAGACUGAAGGUUUACUUCUUCAGCCAUAUGAAGAACACACAGCUGAAAUAAAACUUCUUCCUGAAAACUUUCUGGACUUCUAUACAAAGAGACCUGUGGAUCGAGACAGGCUAAUGACUGUUCUAGCUAAUAUUAAUCGCCUCCUGAUACGAGCUACCUACUACCUACAACAAUGCCAAAAAUACAGUCACCAGGCUAAACUCGGUGACACUUGAUACAGCUACACCUAAUGUGAUUGACCUCCUGCCAGCUGUACAAGUAGAAAACUGUGAAUGUCCCCCUGGCUAUGCUGGCACAUCCUGUGAGUCUUGCAUACCUGGAUACUAUAGAGUUCGUGGAACCCUCUUCGGUGGAAUUUGUCAGCCUUGUGAAUGCAACGGACAUGCAACAGACUGUGAUAUCCAUGGUGCUUGU